GAUGAGUGACAGUUGUGGCCACUGACGGUAGGUCGUAUUGGUUAGUGCUGGCCAAUCAGUGAACGCUAGGGCGGCGUGCGCUGUCAGGAGUCCUGUCGCUUGCAUUCGCAUCCAUGGCGUCGGCGGCGAUGGUAAUGAGCUGUGAGAUGGGUGAGCCGAUUGUCGCCGGUGGCACCGUUAACGCCACGGUCACUGGUCUUGAGCAGAAGAAGUUCGAAUACUUCUCCUCUAUCAGCCCCAUGGCCCGACGAAUCAUGCUGGAGAGGCAGAAAAUCCGCGAGAAGUACGGGCCGCGUUGGGACAGGUUGGAGCCCAGAGAGCAGGAGGAGAUCAUCGACAACUGGAUGGUGGAUCCCCAGAUCCGCAGCCGGUACAAUUUGCACCGCAGCCAGAGAGAGGAGACGGUCUGCUAUCCCAGGCUGCAGCUCCAAACCGGCCAGAAAGUUGUGCAUUUUGGAGAGGAGGAUAUUACAUGGCAAGAUGAGCACUCCGCUCCGUUCUCUUGGGAAACUAAGAGUCAGAUGGAAUUCAAUUUUGCCUCCAUUGCUGCUUCUGAACAAGGAGUUUCUAUACAAAGUGAACAACGGCAACCUGUCAAGACAUCCCAAGGAAAUCACCAACUUAAAACACCCCAAGUAGGGCUGCCAACCAAACCAUUGCAAAAUGGAAAGACACCAAGCAUAGAUGGUCUUACACAAGUCAGAAAAGAAGAGUCGUCCUCCUUCUGGAAACUGAGUAAUGAAAGAUCCAGGCUGGAGGGCGAACAGUCUGAUUAUCAGUAUGUAACCCCAAGUCAGAUUAAGUCAAUGGAGAAAGGGGAAAAGCCACUUGCUUCCUACUUAAGACAAGAAUCAUUAUCUAAGGAUAAAGAUGAAAAUAAAGCUGAGAAACCUAGGGUGAAGAAGCAGGAACGAAUAAUCAACACCAACGUCUCAUCAGUGUUUAUUGACUUGGAUAGGCCACGGACAAACCAGCCUUCAGUCAGUGUAUGUGAUGAUAUUUCCACUCAUGGCCAUACUGAGAAAUCUCCAGAUAAAAAGACUGUUUCAAAGGAAUCUGUAGAUGAAGAGCGAGAUGACUCCUGUGCGUCUGAUGCACCAUUGUUCUCACAGAUUAAUACAAGUAGUUCUAUUCUAAAGACUGGAUUUGAUUUCCUGGAUAACUGGUAAUUGCUUCUACUUCCAUCACAACUUCUCUCAAGCCAAACAAACCCUACCAUUUUGGCUCAUGAUUAUGAAAGUGAUACUUCCAUUUUAAAUUCGGUAGUUGAAGUGGAUGGAAAUGAAAAUACUGCUCCGAGCCCUCAACAGUCAACCAUUUAAAAUAACAGAUUUGUACAUUGUUGCACUUAGGAGUAUGUAUGAAAUGUGUGCAUUUGCUUAUGUAUAAAAUAAUCAUUCAAUGCAUGCGACACACUAGAAUUGCUCAUCUUUUAAAAAUGCUUCAUCAUGAAAUUCAAAUGUACAUUGACCCAGGAUUCCCACUAGGAACCAUUUUUUUAUGGACCCCUUCUGGAAAUUAUAUCACAAGAACAUGUGGUGAGGAUGGGUUGUCUUAAUCAACAUUUGAAGACCAACAACUUUAAUUGUCAGAAGGAAAUUAAACAUAUGAUUGUCGACUCCAAUAUGCAAGCCCAGAAGCUAAAGCAAGUAUGUAGCAGUACCAAGUUUUCUUCCAAAGGUUGUUCCAGAUAAGUUUUUAAUACUUCAACUAUUAAGUGUACAUGUAUACCUUAUAAAUGAAAAAAAAAUCCAAAUAACCCUUUAAGGAUUCCAAAGUAUGUAUAUUUAUGUAUCCAUGGUGCUUAGAAGUGAAUUAGUGGCAAGAUUCCUACACAAGGAAUGACUACCAAAGGUAGGCAAUAACUACAUUUGUGAAAUUUGCUAUAGAAAAGUAGUAACAUAGCCCUACUUUUAAUUACAUAUUUUACAAAGGUAAUCUUGGCUCAUUCAGCUGAAUGCCAUAAAUUGUUCUGUUAUUCAAUGUUAAUUGGAUAUUAAUUCAUUCAAGUUGAAAAUUGAUUCAAAUGGAGCCAUUGUUUAAAUGCCCAUAUUGAUAAAGUAACAUUUGAUUUUUUUCUGAAAUUAAUACAUAAGUAUGCUAAAUGCAUUUAUAGAGGAACCUCUUAUCAGGGUCAUGGACAAGGAGUACUUUAUUCAGUUAAUCGAAUGCCUUAUAACAUCAUUUUAGCCAAGCAACAGGACCUUGUGAUCUUGCCGGAUAAUCCAGUAGUCAGAUUUAAGAUUCCUCUAGCAUGGAUAUACAAAGUAAAAUCCUUCAGAACAUCUUGCUCACUUUCUGCAUUUAUUUGCUAAACUUGUACAAUGCUGUAGUGCACAGCAAAGUUGGAAGCAGCCAGCCAUUUCCUUUUUGAGUAUAAUAACUAAUACCUAAUUAGAAGUAGUGAUUUAAAGAAUUUAAAAUAACAUUGGCUAUUGUGUAACUUUCCUACUUCAUCUGUAUGGUUUAUUAAUUGAGUUGUAAAAGCUGUAGACUAGAUAUGUCAUGUUAGUUGCUAUUCCUUUAAGCAUGUCUGUCCAAACAAAUGUGCCAGUUUAUAUUGUAAUUAUCAGCUGUCUUUACAAAAUGCAGUUUAGUAAAAAUGUAUGUUGCAGAUAAGUUGAAA